AUGUUUUUUUUAGUAAAUAUUUGGUUAUUUUUUGUUUAAAUUUAACAAAUCCUCUCAAUAGAGUGUCCCUAAAUUUAGAUAUUAAAUCCAUACAAGUCAAGGACAUGGAUUAUUGAAGGUGUUUAGAUUCAUAACUCGACUAUUCGGCUUUUAAGAGGAGGAAGUUAGCCAGGUACAUCUUAACCAAUUAAUAAUGUGAUGAUUUGGGAUAUGAGCAACAAUCAUAUGCUAAAGAUGUUUGACAUAGAUAUACAGAUCACAAAGAUGCUUUAUUGCAAAAAAAAAAGAAAAUUAUUAGCUUUGGGACUGCAUAAGAUCUUAGAAAUUCACCCUCAAAGUUUUAAUGUUAUUGACGAAUACAAUAUUGGUGGAGUUUAUAUUGAAGAUGUAGAAGAUAGUGAUAGUCUACUUCUUAUUUCCAGGGAUAAAGGAAAUCCCUUUUUAUAUGAUAUCUAUUAAAGGAAGAUAGCAGAGACAUUACCUUAUGAGUAUUAAAAUAUCAAAGGACCUGAAUGGUCCUCGCUUGUAUUUCUUAAAGAUUUUACUGUCUUUAUUAGUGGUAAAUUAAUACUUUUUGACAGAAAUAAUGGAAAUAAAAUAAUUGCAUUUCUUUUAGGAAAUGUGUAAAAUCCUAACACAAAUAACUUGGUUUGUUCUUUCAAGCAAGCAAAUUUUUUAAUAACAAGCAAUUUAACAAAUAUAAUUUAGCUUGGUACUAUUUACAAAGAUUCGUAAGGACAAACUCAAUAUUAAUAUAAUGGCUAGUACUAAGAACCUACAUACCAAAUAUCAUAAGGUUAAGAUAUUAAGUUUCUAAAUCUUUACUGUAUUACUCGUGGAAACGAUUACUUUGUGAUUGGUUUUCUUGGAAAAACUGACAAUCAAAAUAUUUUAUAUAAUGGAGCUACUGUAUUAAAAAUAUAAAAUAAUACAGAUCCUAUUACAGGUUAACCCUCUUUUUCGUUUAAAACUCAGGAAUAAUGGAAGUAUAGAAGAUGGAGGAAGGAUAUGGAGUUCUUUUUGUUUGAUGAAGGAACACAUAGAGGUCAUUCUAUUAGUGAAUACGAGCAUUAUUAAUAUGAAUUUCUAGAAAGUGAUGAUGCGUAGUGCGAUUUUGAUGGAGAUGGAGUAAUAGAUCCUCAAUGCAGAAUGGCUAAAACAAUUAGUCAUUGGCCUUGGAAUUUGGAUAUAGGUGUUUAUUUUUUAGGAAGUAAUUCAGAGUAUUUCAUUCAAGCUAAUGACAAUUAAAAAGGAUAUUAAAUUAGAGAUUGGAAUCAGACAGAAAUAGCAAGAAUAAAGUAUCCUCGAUUAAUAGAAAAAAAGCAAUUUUCUUUGAGAAGAAUAUUGCAAGAUCCAAACAGCACAUACAAAUUAGCUUAUGACACCUAUAUUAAAAAAAUGAAUUGGGUUUACGAUAAUUUUUCUGAGAUGUAGGAUGGCUUUUUUUUUAACGCAGGCUUUUACAUUUAUCAGCAGAUUUCGUUGAGCUAAAACAUUACAGACACAUAUAAUUUAAUUUCUUAUAUGAAUCCUCCUGAUUCUCCAGCAAAAUAUUUAAAUCCGUAUGAUAUAAUCUCAGCUUUUACAUAUAAAGAUUCACUUAAUGUUUGUGUUUUCUAUAGUGUUUUAGAGGUGAGCGUAAAUCAAAAUGGAUAGACAGUUGAUAAUUAGGCUUCUUACCAAUACUUUUAAUAUCAUAACAAAGAGUGCUACAAGCUAAAAAAUGGUGUAGUUUAGUCUUUUUAUAAAUUAAAUUAAACCAAGGCAAUAGAAUAUGGAAAAGGUUUGACUUAGUAUUCAAAGUGCACUCCAUAUUUUUCUUAAGGAUAUUUAGUUUGUAAAAACAUAGAUCCAAGCUUAUAGUUUUGGUCUUUGGACGAUUACACCCUAGUUAAAUAAGUAAGAAUUGAUGGUUGCACAGGAAAUUAUGAUUUAGCUGUGCAUAGAAAGAGAAUAUUUGUAGGAUGUGAUACCUAGAUAAUAAUCUAUAAUGACAGCGAUUAAAAGAUAACAACUUUUACUUCAUUUUAGUCUAAGGUUAUUCUUUUUGUAGUCACUAACUAAGAUAUUUUGAUAGUAGCUUAUUCAACUAUGGAAGUUAAUGUGUUCGAUUUACGACCUUUAGAUGGAUCAAUAAUCUCAGUUUUUUAAUAUUUUAACUCUUAAGAUUGCUGUGUAAUUAAUUCUAUUGAAAUUAAUCCAAACUCUAAAAAAUUGAUUUGGGCAGCUAAUAUACAAAUCAAUUAUAUAGAUCUCUCUAAAUGCUUUGAAAAUCCUUAAAACUGUUUGACUUGUGAAAUAAACUCCUAUUUUAAGUUUGAUCCUAACUUUUCUUUUCUUAAUUAAAAGUAUGAAAGAGCAAAAUGGCCAAUAGUAUAACCACAGCUAUAUGUUAAUCCUAAAUUUUUAGAUAGUGGGUAGGGAACUAUUCAAAAUCCUUAUUUAACAGACAUGAAUAUUAUAUAACUAUAUCUGAAAACAUAGCUAUACAAAUAAGGUAUAAUAAAUUUUAAAAGCAUCACUCUGAACAUUUAUAUAGAUACAAGUAAAGAAUUUGAGAUGAGUCAUUACAUUUUUGAUUGGGUUCAUGAUUAAACACACAUCAACUUCUUACCAUGGGAUGGAACAUCUUCAACUGGUUUAUCAAAACAGAAAAUAAAUAUCAAAGUUAAUAGCCCUUAAUAAUUUAAUUUCACUAUUAAUAGUUGGGAAUAUGCUGACUUGACUGAUAUUUAAGUAAUGUGUCCAUAGUGUUCUUCAAAUACUUUAACUAUAUAAAAUAGUGGAUCAAUAUACUUAAAAAACUUUGUUUUGAUAAUAAAUCUAAUUGAUUUAAGUCAACAAUAAUUAGAGAGUAUUAAUUAAAUGAAUACUAUUAUAAAAAUAAAAGUCAAUAAUGUAAAUAUUUUUAGCUUAGAGAAUUAAUAAAUAUCAAAUAUAAAUAAUGUUGAUCUAAACACUGGACCUUUUUUCAGUUUUUACUCCUGUAAUCAAGUUAUUUUAAAAAAUUUGAUAUUUUCUAAUAUUAUUAAUCAAGAAAGUCUCUUUGAGUCUGUUAAUAGCUAUUUUAUUUUAGAUUAAAUAUUAUUCACUAAAAUAAACACUUGUUAAAAAACAGAGACUCAAAGAACUAAGUUUAGUUUGAUUCCUUUUCAAAAUUUAUUAGCUUCAAAUAUUCAAUUUAUAGAUAAUCAAUUUUGCGACAUCUGCCUAUUUUAGAACAUUCCAUCAACUAACGAUUAAAAUAAAAUUCAGAUAAGCGUAUCAAAUAUUGAGGUAAGUGGAAAUAAAUUUGAGAAGUAUGUCAAUUCUAAUGUUAUAUUCUUUAAAAUGUCUCUUGUUUAAUUAAUUUCAACAUCUUAGUAUUCAGUUUAAAUGAAUAAAAUUAAUUUUUACAACAACUAAGGAAACUUAAUACCUUAUGGUACUGGUAAUAACUACUACUUUGAAUUCACAAAACUCAGCUCUGUGAUAAUGAAUUAUAUAAAUAUUACUGAUGAAAGUUUUGUAGGAAUAGGAAAUUUCAAUAAAAUAUAAUAUUUAACCAUCAAAGGCAUUUAUUUUAUUAAUAGUAAUUAUUUAAAUACUUAAAACUCUGAUCUAACCUACUCUUAAAAUGUGAUGCUUUUGUAAGAGAUUGAUAGUAUACAAUUAUUUGACUCAUUAAUCCUAGGAAUGAAUACAAAUGGAAUUAUUGUUGUACAGAUAGAGGAGAGUGGAGCAGCUUUGUUUUAAAAUUUAACAGUGAAACAUUGCUCUUUUCAUGACUCAUUAUUUACUUCAAUCUAAAAUCAAAAUAAUUAAAUCUCAAGUAUUUCUAUCAUAGAUAGUAUUUUUAAUAACAACAUAUUAGACACUGAGUAAUCCUACAUUCAAAUAGGCUUAUUUUAAAUUAAAGCUGAAAAAUCACCAACUAUUAUCACUCUACAGAAUACCACAUUUACAAAAAAUAGUUUAGCAGUCAACUAAAACACAUAAAAGAAAUCUUCUCUCACUAUCUCAAUAGAAAACUCAAUCAGUAAUAUUACAAUUACUAACUGCACCUUUCACAACUAUUUGGCUAAUGGUGUAAUUGGAGAUCUCUUUUUAAAUGUCUAAUCUUUCAUUUCUGAAAACACAACUUUUCAGCAGUAUAUUGGUGACAUAGUUGAUUCUUCUUUAAGUUAAACAUAAAUAUUGGCCUAGUUUGAUAAAAGUAGCUUGAGAGGAGCAUUUAUGUAGCUUUAAGUUCAAUAAGUAAGAAUUGUUAAUAACUCCUUUUCAAAUGCAAUUUCAUAUUAAGGUGCUAUUUCUAUCUAACCUAAUAACAAUUUCCUUUUAAUAAGUGUUGAAAAAAGCUAGUUUACCAAUCUUUACGCCAGCUAAACUGGAACGUCUUUAUUCGUUUCUUCUAUAAGUUCUCCCACAAACAUUAGCAUUUCUGACAGUCUUUUCUAAAACUAAUGGCUUGGAAAUCAGCAAAAAUUAACUAAAGCUCACUUGUACUUUGAAUCUAGCUCUAAAAACGAGAACUCAAUAAAAAUAACAAAAAUUGAAUUUUAUUCUAUUGGAAAUGUGAAAAUGCGUAACGAAAUACCAUAGCCUUCUUAUUUUUUAUACUCUGACUCUUUUAACUUGAUAGUAAGCACCAUUAAAUUAAUCAAUGAUAAAAAGACAUUUUUAAUGAGAAAUCUCUUUAAUUGUUUCUCCAUAAAUUCAAGGAUAACCCAAUAAAAUACUGAAAUUUCUUUAGCCUCUUUAUUUGAUCGAUUCACAUUUUAUGGAUCAUCUAUAAUUUAUUCAUCUUAAGGAGUCACGAAUCUCAUAGAUAUUGAGCUGUAAGGAUCUAUAAUAAUAAAUAACAAAUAUUUAAAUAUUCCUAAUGAAGUCCAAUCAGCAAAUCUUUUAACCACACUAUCAAGUACUGUCAAUAUAAAUGGCCUAAAAGUAUAUAACUUAAAUACAAAUGUGAAUGGAGGUUUACUAUUAAUUUAAAAUUCUUAAUUAGCCUAAUUAAAUAAUAUAGCCUUAACUAAUUUGAAUUCAGAUGAAGUUUAAAAUAAUUAAAUGUAAAUCUACUAAGAAACUGACUCAUCAUUUGCAUUUGUUAAUUGCCUUAAUUCAGAUUGCUUAAUCGAUACCCUAAUAGCUACUUGUAGUAUCUAGCCAUCAGCUUCGAAAUGUUAAGGGAGAGUAAUUAAUUCGUAGAAGGGAUCUUUAUCAUUAAAGAAUUCUAACUUUUCCAAUUUUAUUUUAACAAAUUAAAAUGGUACAGCCCUCUUUGUAUAAAAUCCUAAGGAGAAUUUAAUAAUAUAAGACUGCUCCUUUAACAAUUUAUUAACUUCUGGCUAUGGUGCAGCUAUUUACUUAUAUUAUAGCGAUAUUCUGUAACAAGUAAAUAUUAAUAUAAGAAAAAAUCAUUUUUAAAAGAACGUAGUUCAAAAAUACGGAGGUGCAAUGAGUCUUGAAGGUUCUAUUAAUGAAAUCAAAUCAGUGAUUAACAUAGAAUAAAAUAAAUUUGUGUAAAAUGAAGCAUACAUUAGUGGAGCAAUUUAUUUUACUUCUUAUUAUCUCAAUCCUAUUAAGUUUAAGGAUAACAUAUUCGAGAAUAACAAAGCUAACAUGGGUAAUGAAAUAUUUUCAAUGCCUUCUCGCUUAAGUGUCAAGUUAACUACAGAAACUGGAGAAGAAAUUUUUGUAUCUAAAAGCGGAGAGUAUACUCUAAUUCAUGGAUCUGGCUUACAAUUGCCAAAAGUUGAGGCAAUUUUAUAAUAUUAAGACUUUAAUGGUGAGUAUCAAACUGUUAAUAAUUCUUUCCUUCCAAAGCAAAAGGAAAUUUUAGAGAUUUCGAUGAGUUAGGAUAAAAAAAAUUCAGUAAAAGUCUCUGAUUCAAAUUCAUAAGUUAAUUAUUUUAUAAGAGGCAAUCUAUUUUCUUCAUACAACGAAGAAUCAAACUCAAUUUAUUUCUCUAAUAUAGAAUUAUACGGAUAAGAAAAUACAGAAGUUUACUUGAUGAUAACUUCUCCUAUAAUAAAAAAGAAAUAAAUAGUAGAAUAAAGUGGAAACAUUCAAUUUGAAGAUUACAAAUUCAUUAUUAACAUUCGCUUUCGUGGAUGCACAAAAUAUGAGAUAAUAACAAACAAUCAAAUUUCACAGUUAAACCCAAAUAUCAGUAAAUGCUAAGUAUGUCCUGAUUUAUCUUAUUCUAGGAAUAAAGAAGUAUGUGAUCAAUGUCAAAUAGGAGCAAACUGUAAGGCAAAUUAAGAAUUAAUUAUCAAGUAAGGUUACUGGAGAGAAUCCAAUUAAACCUACACAAUAUUACAAUGUUCCUCAGGUUUCGAAGGUUGCAAAGGUGGAUAAACAGUCGGUAACGAAUUAUGUGAAAUAGGCUAUAUUGGUCCAUUAUGUUAAGAGUGUGAUUUGUUCAAUUCCAGAGGUUUUGGAAGCUAUUCUCGUUUAGGAAAAACUUUAUGCAAAAUUUGUAAAUUUGAUUUUAUAAGCCUAAUUAUGGUUUUAGGAGUACUUUUUAUAUCAGUAUACUUCACAGUAAGAGCAAUUUAUUCAAUUUCCAAUUAUCUUAAAGCACAAAUCCUUGUAAAAUUCAUGAAAAUUUUGAAGUUUAAGAGAAUAAGAGAAGUAGAUUAACUUUAAAGCUAGAAUAUUCUUAUUAAAAUUUUAAUGACAUACUUUUAGCUUAUAAGCAUCAUUCGUACUAUUGAAAUUAAAAUUCCAAACUUUUUACCUGAAAUAUCAUUUUAUUUUGGAAAUCCUGCUACCAAUUCAACUAUGAACAUAAACUGUCUGCUCCCUGAAUACUUUUUCCAGAUACAUUAUAUUUACUAUAAUUAUUUCAUAUCCUUAUUUGUUCCAGUUUUACACUUUUUCUUCCUUGCCUUGUCAUUAAAGGUACUGAGCUUAUAUAAGAGAGAGAAAUUUAAUAUCAGUGAUCUUAAGGCUGGAGUAAUUUUCUUUUUUACUUAUUUUUAACCUGAGUUUGUUUUUCAAGCAAUCCAAUUAAUUACUUGCAAAACUUAUGAUAAUAAGAAAUAUAAUUAAGCUAAUACCAGUUUAGAGUGUAGGAGUAAUCCGGAAUAUAUAACUGUUUUAUCUGCUAUAAUAAUUUUCUUAGGAUUCUUGAUUCCUUUGAUGCUUUUUGCUAAAUUAACACGUUUCAUGAAAGACAAAAGAUUUAAUGAUUACUCAUUUUAAUUAGAAAGUUGUUAAUAUGCAUUCUUAUCUAUCAACUAUAAAACAAGAAGCUACUACUGGGAAUUUGUUAGGAUGUCUGAAAGGUUAUUAUUUAUACUCAUAGCUAGUAUUUUCAACUCUAAUUAAACUCUUAAAAUUCUUCUACUCAUUUUAAUUUCUGAGGGCUAUAGCUAUUUACUGAGAAUCUAAUAACCUUUCAAGAAUUCAUAAUUUAACAACUUAGAAAUAUAUUCUAACCAUAUAAUUUGUAUAAGCUUUUUGCUAGCAAUAGGUAUAUACUCUGAAGAAGAAACAAAUGGCUUGAGUAUAUUUUAUUAUGUUUUAUUUUUAUUCAUAAAUUGGUUAAUAAUUACUUAUAUCUUGCUACUUGUUAUGCAAGAGCAAGUGAACAAAAUAACAGACAAAAUGAUUACAGUAAUAGAAAAAAACAAAUGCGUCAGAUGUAUCUUUGAGUCAUUUUUGCAUUGUUUGAAUAUAAUACCAUUCUUUAGAUUAAACUUUGAUUUAAAGUUGUAUCUUAACAAAAAGAAGAAACCACUCCUUUAUGAAAAAGUAAGAUUAGCAUUACUUCAGCUGCUAAAACUCCCUCCAGAAGACAGAAAUAUUUUCCUUUUGAGUAUUAAGGAAUAGAAAAAUAAAAGUAAGUUCAUUUCAAAUAUGAUGAAUCAAUUUAAAAGCCAAUACUAGCAAACUAGUCCAUCUAAAAAUAAUAAUCUAAGUCCAAAGCAAUCCCUUUAGUUUAAGUUAGAUAGAAUUGUAGUUACUUAGUCUGACUAAGAAAACGAAGCCUCUUUUGCCACUAAAAAUAAAAAUUAAAUUGAAUCUAAAACAAUAACACAAAUAAAUCUAUUCUCAAGUUUUAGAAAUUAUAAUAAUUAGUAAAGUUUUGCCAACAACUUAAGCCAAAAUAGAGAAAAAUCAAAUGGCUAAUCUUAAAUAUAAAAUCCUCUUAAUAAAAAGUUUAUUACUAACUCUUUCGAUUUAGAGCUAUCUAAUAUACCAAAAGAUCAUUUUAGUAAUAACUAAUUAUCACCAAACAGUAAAACUGAUGUUUAAUCCUCAUUAAGUGAAUUAAGAUAAAACGAAUAACAAUUAUAUAAAUUCCCUAUCUAAAAAGUAUAAACAAUCACAGAAUCUAAAUAAAAUUAAAAACAUAAAAAUGAAAAUGACUCUUUCAAUGGCGAAAACUAUGUAGCAUGCUAAGAUUCUUCAAUGAAAGAUUCACAGAUUAAAUCAAGCAAUAUGGGUUCGAUGAAUAUUUUAAACAAUCAAUAAGAACCAGAAUAACCUUAUUUGCUGUAAUCAUAUAAAAAAUCAUUUUCAAAUAUUUUAUUAAGCGAAAGAAAAUAUAACAAUCUCAAUCCAUAAUAAAAUCAAAGCAACUAAAUUUUUUAAAAAAUCAAUUACUAAGAAGAUUAAACAAACAACAAUGAAAACAAUUUUAAUGAAAAUUCAGUUAUAUCUAAUUUCUGA